AUGUCAGGGAACUCUGGCAAUCCGCCGGGGAACUCUCGGAACUCGAGAGAUUCAAGCAACUCCGGCAAUUACGAUUAUCCUCCAGCAUCGCUGCCUCGACCCCCUAAUAUCUUUGAUGAAAAUCCCAGCAACCAGCAAAAUCCAUUCUUUCUCGACCGAAAUUCGUCGCCGCAGCGUCGUUUGCUCGAGCAAAUUAUCGAGACUCGGCGCGUUGAGGGUGAGGUUAGGCUGAGGGCGGAACUGGAUAGAAUCGCAACGGAACCGCAACCGCCACCACCGAUGUGGUUCAAUUUUGAAAAUCUUGACGAAGAUUUAGAAGAUUUCGAAGCGUUCUUUCAAGAGAACCGGCGAGCCCCAACCUCUACCAGGCCAUCCAAUCGUGAAGGCCUGCAUUACCUGCGAAGUCUUCUGCAAUCCGAAAACAGCAGGUUCAGCGCCGAAGAAACAAGCCGCGCGUUAGAGACACUGGAUCAGGAGCUUGGUGAGUUUGACGCCUUCACCUCCGGAUGGGACUCAUCGCGAAGGCCUGGUGGCACUCGCUCUGAGUCAACAGCGUCAUUCAGCAUUCCUCGCCCGCCACCAGUUGAAUCCGUCCCGUCCAGAUCAACGCGGAGAGCUUUGUGGGACUCGCAGCAAACUGGCUCUGGCUCCGGAACCGACAACAAUUUGAAUACAAACUCAGACCCUUCUCGUCCAACCACAACAUACAGAAGUCUACGUCGUCGAACGGUUCGUCCUGAUCUACGGUCUGCGAGCAAUCUAACAGAUCCGGUAUCCUUUCCGCCCCUCAUGCCUCAGUCCGCCUCUUCUUCCUCCGGCCGAGACAGCCAGGGUCGGUUGAAACGGCGAAAGCUCGAUGCCGAUGAUAAUAGUGAAGGUCUACGGGGAUUUAACUAUGGUCACAAAGGUCAGGUGGUCCCUGGGCCUCUGAAGAUGGAGAUUCUAAGCUGCGAUGGAGGUACUUUCGAUCCUGAGGGGGACAGUGGCUUUCCAGAAAAUGUCCUCCUGAACGAUCAAUCAGUCUAUUGCACCAAGUCCAGCCGCUGCAAUAUUGUUCUUCGACAUCGUGGCGAGGCGCCUUUCUGCUUGAGAAAACUAGUUAUCAAGGCCCCGCGAACAGGCUUUGACUCUCCUAUUCAGGAGGGGAUGGUUUUCGUGUCGAUGGCAGCCGAUGACAUGCUUGCUCGCACAACCCAGUAUCAGAUCCAAUACUCUCACACACGCCGUCGACGUCGCUACAGACGGUCAGGCUUGCAGCCUUCUCAAGAAUAUUUCAACUCUUACCAAGCCCCUGUGCAACCCUCUGAACAAGGUUCCCUCACAGCCCCCGCAACAAAUUCAUCGUCCGAACUCGUACCCUCCGGUCUGGAUGGAUCGGCCCCACAGUCUCACAUCCGCUUGACUAUUGACUACGACGAGAAUUCCGACGAUCAGUCAUUCGCUAAUCACGACGACGACGAGGGUCCUUCUGUAAUGGAACUUGAGACAGUCGCAGAGGAUGAGGACGAGUGCCUGGAGAGCUCAGACAGUACGAGUGAUGACGAGGAUCUCGACGAUAGCACCACAGGUAGUGUCUAUCGUCGCCGCGUCGAGUUACAACGACAGCAAAGACGUCGUUUAGCUAGUCUUGUGAAUCCCCUGCCGCAUCCUUCAUCGACUUCGUCCACCGCUGGUGCUGAAUCAUCAUCGAACGGUGAAAUCAUGAAACCUCACGCACGUUUCUUCAUCGAGCGUGAGAAGAGUAUGGUCAGCAUCAGAUUCGAUCCACCGCUCUCCGGUCGUUACAUCCUGAUCAAGCUUUGGAGUCCCCGCAGCGACGGCAACAUCGACAUCCAAAGUAUCAUUGCCCAUGGAUUUGCCGGGCCAAGAUUCUUUCCCAGCGGAGGUCUUCGGUGA